AUGCUCUUUAAAAUAGUUCGGAAUGCUUUAAUCACAUUUCAAAAAUCCACUCCCAGAUUUUAUUUCAAUCAGACUAUUGAGCCAAAACAAUAGCAAUCACAGCAGGAUGAAAUGUAUUCAACAGUGUUAGCUACAGAACAAUACAAGUACAAACUUAAUUAUAUUUGUGGUUGAUAUGGUCUUGAACAAAUGCAACAUGGUAAAUAUAGAGUGGCCCUUCAAUUCUUUGGAAGAUUUAAGAAUUUCUUAGAAACCAACAACCUAAAAGAAAAGGAAUGGGUUGAUGUUUCAAGAAGAAUUGUCUAUUCUAAUCUAUAACUAAGAAGAUAUGAGGAUGCAGAAGCUCAACUAGAAGAAAUAAUCAGGCAAUUUUUAAGACAAAAAGCUAAUUACGCCCUCGUCUAUUCUGCAUACAGUGAUCUCUUAACUCAUUGUUUGAAGUACAAUUUAAAUAAGGCCAUCCUCUUGGGCAAAGCUUUAUUAAGUGAAAUGCAGAGAGAAAAUGUGCCCUUAGGUUAUUAGAAACAAUAUCUGUAUUUUUUGGGAACUGCUUAUUUAUUAAAGGAAAACUAUACUGAUGCCAAGUCAAGAAUGAGAGAGUGUCUGGCUUCAGAUCCAUCUAAUCAAUUGAAAGGAUGGGCUUAUAAUAGUUUUGGCUGUGGCUUCAUGGUGGCAUAAAUUUCCAAUGAUGAUGAAGAAGAAACAGGACCUCUACAAAGUGAUAUUCCUGUUGAAAAUAUAGAUGCUGAUUUCGAAAAUGUGAUACCUCUUUUUAAGAAGUCAAUUUAUUACAUUGAGCAUUCAAACAAUCAAAUUAAAACUGGAUUGGAAUGGUUACUGAAUGAUGAUCUUCUACCAUAGGAUAAAACUAAUCUAACAAAAACCUAAUUCAAAAGUAUACAUGUAGGAAAACCAUUGCUCAAUUUAAGUGAAUUUGUUCUAAAUAAAGCACCCUCUAAAAGAACUGAAUUAUAAUUUUGGUUGAAAACUACGAUCAAUUUUUACGAAGAGUAAGAUCCAACCAAUAUGGACAGAUCCCUCUUAUUUUUGGCAUGGACUUGCAGUACAAAUAAAUAUUUUGAUAGAGCAGAGAGCAUGUAUAGGAUAGUUUUAUAAAUGCUUGAAAAUUCAGAUUCAUACAAUAAAGUGCUGUGUAUGCAAUUGCUUGGAAGUAUGUUGAAGAAGAUGCCUAAUAGGAGCAAACUGAUCAUUAAGGCCUAGUAGAUUGCUGAAGAAUUACCCUAUUGGUCAAAUAGGUAGGUGCAUAUUAUUAUACCUGAUUUUGAAAUCUGA